UCAACGUGGUUGUACAUUCUUUCAUUUUUCGUCUUUCUCAGCUGUUUUACAUGAGGUCACGAUGAAGCAAUUUCUUGCCGUAGUGCUGUUCCUCCCUGUGGUUUUCUGUGCCACAAAGCGAGAAGUAGGAGCAGAUGUCAGGAUAGUCAAGCCCCAAGGCAUGCCGGGUAAAGGGUUUGGCCGUGUUGAAGUGAAGCAUGCUGGUCAAUGGGGAACGAUUUGUGACAAUAACUGGGACAGGAAUGAUGCACAAGUCGUUUGCAAUGAAUUAGGAUUCGUCAAAGCCAUUCAACAAACGAGAAAUGCCAUGUAUGGCCAAGGAACRGGGAAAGUAUGGCUAGAAAACGUUCAAUGYAAAGGCAAUGAAYUGAAGCUGACUGACUGUCCCCACGGGGGAUGGGGUGAGACGGGAUGUUCACAUGCACGUGACGCUGGUGUAAAGUGUCUUCAAGAAGGUGUUCCUCAAAUACUUGAAGUUGGUUGCUAUAGAGACGUCGUGGCAGUUGGUGCCCGGGCCCUUUCUGAUAUGUAUUACAAUGCACGUGAUACUGGUGAAAUAGACUGGUUUAAUAUUAGAAGUCUGGUUACCCUGUGUGCUGAGCAUGCGCAUGCUCGUGGGUACAAGUAUUUUGGAAUCCAGUUCUUYGGUGAAUGCUGGGGGUCUAAGACGGGYCAUUUGGAUUUCGAUAUUCAUGGAAAAGGAACCAAUUGUUAUGAAGGUGUCGGUGCCCAAAGCCAUAACUUCGUCUAUCGCUUCGCUCCAUGGAAAGACCUCGGCUGCUGGCACGAUGUUGGAUCGGAUCGCGCGAUGACACUUCUUGAGAAUUUCCGAAGCUCAAUCGAUUGGUUCCACCUUGAAGUGACAGUUAAGAAAUGUUACAAAGCAGCAAGGAAGGCAGGCAAGAAGUAUUUCGGAAUCCAGUUCUAUGGCGAGUGCUGGGUUGGUGAUGGUUCAUCCUACCAGAAGCACGGCUACUCGACCAACUGCUUCAAAGGAGUGGGUCGACACUGGACUAACUACGUCUAUCAGAUUUUGUGGUAGAUAGAUUACACAGGGUUACCAUCCUGUUGCUUGURAGUCAAUGUGUUCAAUAAAUUUCACAGUG